AUGGAGAACUCUAUAGAAUUACUUAAUCUACCUAAGAAGGCUGCAGUUGGUUAAUUUUUUAAUCUCAAUGACUAUGCGAAAUCCAGACUGCUUUAUGACAUGCUUAUGAGUAUAAAGCUUAAAUGCAAGCUCUCUCCAGAUUACAUUAUUCUGGUCAUGGAUGAAUACUCAACUUCCCUGAUUUCAAGUUUCUGCAGUAUGUUUGAUUUGAUGGAGGCAGGAAAUGUUUAUCAGAUAGAGAAGAUUGAUAAGUUCCGUAAACGCUAUCCCAUGUCAGAUGUUAUUUAUCUAGUUGAGCCAGUCCCUGCUUCUAUCAACAAGAUUAUACAGGAUUUCCCUGAGUAAGAUGAAAAAUAUUCAUAUGAUCACUACGGGGAUGUCCAUCUAUGCUUCCUUACUACUAUCCCAAAUGAAUAACUUGAUAAAAUUUUUAAAGCCCCCAAGUUAGUUUAAAAAGUUAAGACAUUUUACGAAGUAAAUUUGGACUUUACCGUUUGGUAAGAUAAUAUUUUCAAAAUAUUGGUCAAGAAUAAUUCUAUGAUGAAGAUGAUUGAUAAACCUAAUCAAACUAUAAUUGAGUAACUAUCUCACAAGUUAUUUAGUCUUUGCUCUGUCAUGAAUGAGAGACCAUUUAUUUAAUACUAGGUUGAGUCAUCUUUAGCUGAAGAGGUAGCAAUUAAUCUUUAUAAAAAGAUAGAAUAUCUAUAUAACUAUAGUGGGACCGAAGAGAAUUCUCAAUAAAUAUAAUACAGAGAGCCUAGAGGCACUCUUUUAAUAAUGGAUAGAACAUUUGAUCUCAUUUCCCCUUUGGUUCAUGAUUAUCAUUAUCAAAGUGUUAGCUAUGAUUACUUAAAAAUACCGGAGGAUGGAUGUCUCGAUAGUCUUAUAAAGAUAUAAGAAAGUGAUUAGAGGUAAGCAGCAUCAGAGGCCUCAAAGAAAUUAGAUGAAUAAGACUUAGUCUGGCAGAAAUAUAAAUCCUUGCACAUUGCUGAGGUAUUCGGAUUUCUUCAGGAUGAGAUCAAAUAGUUAAAGCAGGACUAAACAAAUAUGAAAAGGCUAGCUGAUAAAGAAGAAUUGCAUCAUGAUGAUAUCCAAAAAAUAUUGAAAUAGAUUCCAGAGUUUGAAAAGAGAAAGACUUAGGUGUUAAUACAUUUGGAUUUAGCUUAACAAGUCACAGAUAAAAUGUAAAAUCCUAAGUUCAAUGUAAUGAAGCUAAUUGAAUUCGAAUAAACUAUUAUUUCUGGAAUGAAUGAUUAGGGCUAAAAAAUGAACGAUAACUUCAUUACUAAAGAACUUAUGAAUAUAUUGAAGACACUAGGUAGAGCUGAAGAUAAAUUAAGGAUUCUAAGCGUGUAUCUCCUCUGUUACGCUCUACCUGAGCCAGAUUUCAAAACAGUUUUGAAGUUAAUGGAUACGAAAGAACAAAGAGAUGUGCUUAAAUUCAUAAGAGAUUACAACUCUCAAGAGAUUCCAAAGAAGCCUAAAAGGACUUAUCCAGUUUUGAGUGGCUAGGAGUUCACUGAAUACAAGAGAAAGUACACUUAGGAGAUCUAAGAAAUGUAUGACAUCUUAAGAACAUAGCCUUAAAUAGUUAAAAUAGCUAAAGAAGCAUUGAAUAAGAGUUUAGACCUCAAAGCAUUUCCAUUUAUGGGUGAUGAAAAGUAAUAGCAAUCCUAGAGAAACGCUAAAUGGGCUAAAAAGGACGGAGAUGCUGAUGAUGAAAGAUUGAUUAUUUGUGUGCUUGGCGGUCUUUCUCAUUAUGAAAUUUGCUGUUUACAAAAUCUAGAGAAGAUUAAUGGCUAGCAGAAUAUAAUCAUAGGAUCCACUCAAAUUAUUACUGCUAGAGAAUUUAUAGACAAUAUAGUUCCAUAAAAAAGAGAAGAAGAUAAAUAAAAGGAUAAAGCUGCAAAUGAGGAUGAGGAAGAAGUUUUCAAAGAGAUGGAGAAAAUCAAAUAAAAAAGAUAGAAUGCUAAGUAAAAGAAAGCAGGGGCCAAGAAGUAACCUGAUCAGAAAAGAGGUCAAAGGCGAAAAACAACAGAAGACGAUGAUGAGGAUGACGAUCAAGAUGGAGAUGUAAAUGAUUAAGAUAGCGACGAUGAUGAAAAUAAGAAAUAUAAGAAACAAGCAUCAGGUAAAAGUGUCAAAAGUAAAGAUAUUGGCAAGAAGCCAGUAUUAUCUUCAAAAGGGAAAAAGGGUGGUAAAAAGGAGGCAGUGGAUUUAGAUGACAUUGAAGUAUAGAAUAAAUCUGAUAGUGAUAAUGAUGAUGAAGUAGAUACUGGAAAUAAGCGAGGAAACUCUGAAAGUGAAGAUGAUGAGGAAAAAUAAAAGAAAAGUAAGAGGUCAAAGCAGAAAAAAUCAUCCAAUAAGAAAAAUAGAUGA